AAUCGUAAUCGCUGUCUGUUUUUUAAUUUCAAGAUGUCAGCCCACACUGUUCCUCACGAGGUCGGCGGUUUCAGAGUCGUCCCUGUGAAAUUCAGUGAGAAGAGUUCAGCAGGUCAUAUGCUCUAUUAUAAGGAACAUUCUGUGAAAGAAAGUGAAGACACUAAACCUACAGACAGGACUCUCUUUGUUGUCAAUGUUCCUCCAUAUUGUAAUGAGGAAUGUCUACAGCGGUUGUUCGGUGGGUGUGGGGGCGUGGAGUCUGUGAUAUUACAAGCUAAAGCUGGCAAGGAACUUGAUGCCAUGCUAGAAGAAAUCUACCCUAUUAGAAAAACAAGGGGUUUUAAAAUAGCUUACAUUGUCUUCAAGGAUGAUUCAUCAGUUGUCCGGGCCAUGAAGCAGAAGUAUAAAGAACCAUUUAUAUUAUCACCUGAAGGGGAUUCUGGUGGACUGGUUACUGGAUAUAGAAAAUGGUGUUCAGAAUAUGAAGCGAGAUGGGAAGAUCCUAAGCAGCUCCAGAAGAAGGCAGAUGACUUCAUGAUAGAGUUUGACAAGAGGAAACACGAGGAGAAGGAGCAGGCCAAGGUGGAGGAAGGGGUGCCCGAUGACGACGGCUGGGUCACUGUCACCAGGAAGAGCACCAAGCCAGUCGUGGCAAGGUCAGAACGAAAGCAGAAGAGACUCCAGGCGAAGGAGAAGAAGAAGAGAGAGGAGAAGGAGCUGAUGAACUUUUACACCUUCCAGAGUAGAGAAUCAAAGAGAGAACAUAUAGCUGAGCUGAGGAUGAAGUUUGAGGAAGACAAGCAGAGGAUAACACAAAUGAGAGCAGCUAGGAAGUUCAAACCGUACUAGUAGCAGGUCGGCCCCAACUCCAGUGGACUCUGUCUGAUCUUCAAGCUAAACUGUAGGGUAGCCAGAAAGGUCAAGCCUUACUAGCAAGUCAUCCCGAUCCAGAGCUGCAGUCCAAGACUAUUUAAUCUCCAAACUAAAACCAUGGGGCAGCGAGAAUAUUCAAGCCCUACUAUUUUGUGAGCCAAUCCAAUAGUCUUUUUGUUUAAUCUUCAAGUGAAUCUCUGGGGUAGCAAGGAAGUCUAAGCAUAACUAGCAUGUCGACCUAAAUCCAAUGGACCUUCAAAACUAAAACCAUGGGGCAGCGAGAAUAUUCAAGCCUUAGUUAGUCAGCCCAAUCUAAUAGUCCUUUUGUUAAAUAUUCAAGUGAAACUUUUGAGUAGCAAGGAAGUCCAACCAUAACUAGCAUGUUGGCCUAAAUCCAAUGGACCUUUUGUUUAAUAUUCAAGCUAAACUCUGAGGCAUCUAGAGAGUUCGAGCCUUACUGCUACCUGGUCAGCCUGAUCUGAUGGACUCUUUGUCAUCUCCAAGCUAACUAUGGGCAGCAUGUAAGGCCAAACCUUUCUAGCGAGACAGCCUACUCCAAUGAUGUGGUCGAGUACUCUUUGUCUGGCCUCCAAGCUAAACUCUGGGGCAGUCAUAACAAUUUUAGCACUCUACAAUGUCUGUUACUUAAGUUGAGCUUUGUUGUAAGAAAAUCAAAGAUAUUACCCUGUUGUCUUGCAACCUUGUUAUAUCAAGGUUUAGUAACAGCAGAAGACAAAGAAAAGAGACAGCCAAAUUAUUUGUUUUAAUAGAGUUUCUUAUUACAGUAUUCUUUAUAACGACGUUCCACUGUAAUAUUUUUCUAUGUCAUAUGAAAGAGGUAAAUGUUAAGAGUACAUCAUGUAUUUUGAAAAAUGUACAUGGAUAUUUUAUAAAAUCAGUAUCAAAUUCAGCAA